UGCUGCGGAUAAAUUCAUCGAAAAGCCUCAAGGACUUCAGUUCGCCGCCAUCAGCUGCACAAGCAACAUGAAGGCUUUCAUUUGCAUCGUCGCCAUAAUCCUGGCUGCACCAGCCCUCUCCCAGCGAAAGAAUCAGCCGCCGCCAGGCUCGUUCGACCGCCUGCCGCAGAAUCAGGCGAUCAGUCAGCUGUCGCCUGCGCAGAUGCAGCGCUUCUUCAACAACGCAGACUCGGUGCGGGUGCUCACAGGCUGCUUCGCCAACCUCGCCGCCUGUCCUAACCCCACGGCCGCCAGUCUCACAAGACAAAUCCUGAGCCUGGGAGCAGGCGGGAGCUGCGCCCCCUGCAGCGCGGCGGAACAGAGCAACAUGAACGCGCUGGUGAAGUUGUUCGUGGAGAGCUACCGCACCAAGUACCCCGCGCAGUUCGAGCAGGUCAAGCCCUACAUCGCCCACGUCUUGCAGAACUGAACAACGCCGAACAACAAACCUGUUAUUCGUAUCACUAAAAUUAUGGAACAUGCAUAACUCAUGUGAAUGAGUAAGACAUUUUACAAAUAGAUAUAAAAAUUUUCCACCUGAAUGGGUCAUCUUGAGCUGUUUUGACACGGCAAAAUGGCGCAUCAGUGCUAUUUCCGCUCUCUGCUCGUGAUGUGGAUAAGACUUUCGGUGUCCCUAUUUAGGCAAUACGACCUAUUCA